AUGCUCUUCUUUAAUCCUUGUAAGAUUGAAGUUCUCUAUUUUCAUUCAAAGUACCUUAGAAGACCACCUCCGAUUAAUGGUGUUGUAGUUGGUAACACCAAUGUCCUACCAUCUUCUAAAGUCCGUAAUAUAGGGGUUGUUUUUGAUCCUAUAAUGAAGAUGGAAAAACACAUAUACACCGUUUGUAAAUCGGUUUCAUAUCAUCUGCGCAACAUCAAGCAUAUUCAAAAGUUCCUAACAAAAAAUGCUCUUCUGAAGUUAGUUCAUGCACUUAUAACAUCACGGCUAGAUUAUUGCAAUGCAAUUCUGUAUGGUCUUCCCGCCUGUCGUUUAAAUAGACUACAGCUAUGGUUACCAAUUGACAAGCGCAUCACAUUCAAGAUUCUGCUCAUUACGUACAAAGCCCUGCACAACAAGACACCUGAAUACAUUUCUCAACUUCUAACGUCACGUUCUGUAAAUUGUAGUGGGUCUAUGAGAUCAACGACCAAUAGAUUCAUACUAUCCGUGCCAGCAUCGCGACUCAAAACUUACGGUGAUAGGGCCUUUUCUGUCGCUGCACCAAGACUUUGGAACACCCUACCCAGCCUCUAUCCGUGA